GCGGGGCACCUCUGCAGGGCGGGCACGCGAGGAUAGCUGGGAAUCGUAGUUUCUGGGCCCGCAGAUGGGCAGGCGCGAGGAUCAGUGUGCGCAGUCGCACUUGUGGCUCUGCGCCCGCCGCUGUGGCCAUUGUCCGGCCCUGUUGUUGCAGAGCUGCACCGCCGAGAACAAGAAACUGCAGCGGGCGCUAGAGGGACGGACCUGAGGUCGCGGAUUCCGAAGCCCCGGAGCCAGAUUUCGAGUGCCGUGGGUAGGAGGCUGUCCUCCCCGCCUCGCCGACCAUCCUGUGGGCUGACUGGGCGUGGCCGGAGGGACUGUCCCGAAGCUGUGGGGCCUUUCAUUUGGCCUUGGGGAGAGCCGCAGGAGAAGGCGGGGCUCCUCCCCACGUUUCGGCCGAAGUGGCUACAGAGCUGGAGGGGUGGGGCCUCGGGGUAGCCCGGUGAGUGGAUCCUGUCCUCUCUCCUCAGCCCUGGACCAUAGCCAGCACUCACUGAGGCAGGAAUGGCCCCGAGACCUCCGACGGCCACGCCCCAGGUGAGCCGAGCCUUCCCCCACCGCCCGGAGCAUCCCACCCUGCGAGGCCCUGGGAGUGUGAACCGAACAAUUAUUGGUAUAGAGAUUCUUAGUCUGGAUCGCUUUGAGUCUCCUCCUCUAAAGAAAUCCCCUCUCAAAGUGCCCAGACCUGGGCGGAGCGGGAUUCCUGAAAGGAUGGAGACUAGGGAAAUGCGAUCUUGUGAAAGAAAUUAACCGAUUUGGGAUUGUCCACACUGAGCCUGUAUUGCAGUGUACAGUUCUUGGAACUCUUCAGUGAGGAAUGGAGAAUAGGGUGACAAGAUAGAAAAGUGAGGUAAGAAGCCCCUGCUUCUCAUCCAAAGGCCUUAAAGAGACAGCAGGGGGCAGAAGAGACCUAUUAGAGAAAGAAACCGUUGAAGGUUGGGCUCUGAGUCUGAGACCACCAUCACCGCCAAAUCUGGACAAACUAGCUCCAAGCUUUUGCUCCCCCAACCCCCGCCCCAUUCGUUUUCUUUUUUCUUUGACAGAUGUUUAAUAGUGCACAUCCCCAGGUCCCGGCUUCAACUUAAUUAAUAAGAGACAGAUUUGUCAACCCAUUUUAUUCUUGUAGCAAAAGGGGCAUUUUUCUGGACAUAAAAACAAUGAGGUUGUCCAUAUUACAUUGAUGAAAACAUAAUCCUAAUCCUCUUUAGAAUUAAGGGUAAGAACUAGGAAUAUAGCUCAGUGGUAGAUCACUUGCCUAGCACGUGUGAGGUCCUAGGUUCAAUUCCCAGCACCUCCUGGAAAAUAAUAAGGAUGGGCUGGAGAGAUGGGUUUCCAGUUAAGAGUGCAGACUGUAAACUUUUACAUGCUGCUCUUGCAGAAUUAGUUCAGUUCCUAAUCCUCAUAGCAGGAAACUCACAGCCACCUUGUAAUCCAGGUGCAGGGGGGACCUGAUGACUCUGACUUACUUGGACACCUGCUUUCACGUGACCAUAAUUGUUAGAAACAGAGAAAAAAAAUCUCAAAAGAAUUGAGGAACAAAGGAUCACACCGAGUUGAAGGAAGCCUGGCAGGGCAGUGACUCUUGUAAAAAUGGUGCCCCUGAACCCAAACAGACCUAAAAAGCACAAUUUGCCAAGGUGGCUUCUGUCUUUUAUCCCUCACAUAGGUGGUGACUGAACUCAGUCAGUUAAUUGAAGCUUGAUUCUAUAAUCUGACAAGAUUGGCAAAUUGUUACAAGGGGGGGGGGCUUUGGGAAUAUAACAUAAUAUGCCUUUAUAGGGCUGUCUGUCUUUGUGAGGGAAAAAGGUUUGCACAAUACCCACACUGAGAUGCAUAGUAUAACAAAAUACUUUUAAGAUUAACAGUAAGCUACAAAUUGUAGUCGCUACAUGUAUCAUAUAAUCAAGUUUGAUCUGGAUAAAAAUACUAGCAAUGUCUUUUAAGAUCAGUUUAUAGGGGGGUUGGGGAUUUAGCUCAGUGGUAGAGCGCUUGCCUAGCAAGCGCAAGGCCCUGGGUUCGGUCCCCAGCUCCGAAAAAAAGAAAAAAAAAAAAAAGAUCAGUUUAUAGGGUGCAGAAAUGAAACUCAGUCCAUAGAGUCACUGCCUAGAAUGCAUGAAACCCUGGGUUUCAAUUGCUUUAUAAACUAGGAGGGUUGGGGAUUUAGCUCAGUGGUAGAGCACUUGCCUAGCAAGCGCAAGUCCCUGGGUUCGGUCCCCAGCUCCAAAAAAAAAAAAGAAAAAAAAAAAAAAAACAACUAGGGAGAACUAGAGAAGUCACACUUGGGAAAGAACAUUGAGCACGUUCUGGUAUGGUGGCUAGGAGUGUUUUCUGUAGAGCUGAAGGAAGACAGGGCAUUUGGAUGUCCAAAGCAAGAAGAUGCAAGAGAGUCAAGUUAGUAAGGCAAGGAGUCCAUGUGACGGAAGCCAAACUGCCUUCUUUUGCCUUUUGUGGAUUAGCAAUCUGCUGCCUGGCUGUGUUGUUUGCAAAGGCCCACAUAGGUGGGGAGGAGGAAAGGAGGAGGAGGAAGAAGAGGAGGAAGGAGAGGAAGAGGGGGAAGAGGAGGAGGAAGAGGAAGAUCUAGAUUAUUUCAGCUCUCUAUCUCCUACUACUCUCUCCAGGCUACUGAAUCACCUUCUCUUAAAGUUUUCUUCCUUCUGUAUGCCUUGUGUUUCUGUCUAAUGUGAAAAUCAAAUUGUAGAGCUGGAGAUGGCCUCAACCAAUAGAAUGCUUCCCACCCAGUGCCACAGAAACCAGACGCUGUGGUGCAUGCCUGUAACCCUGCUGUUGGGAAGCAGAAGCAGACAGAUCGGAGGUUCAACCUCAAUUACAUAGUGAGUUUGAGAUCAGCCUGGGAUACAGGAGAACCUGUCUCAAAACUCAGUAAAUGAAUAGGGGCUGGAGACACAGUUCAUCAGUUAGGAGCUCUUACUGCCCUUGCAGAAGACCCAGGUUCAGUUUCCAAAACCCACAGAAUUGCUCACAACUGCCUGUAGCACAGUUCCAGGGGACCUGAUGUGCUCUCCUGACCGGCAUGGGUCCCUCCCUGCAUGAAUAUAGCACACACACGUACUCUCAGAUGCACACAUAAAUGAAUAAUAAAUAGAUAUUUUAAAAAUUAGUAAAUACAUAAAAGCAAUUUGUAGAGCAAUAUGUGUAACGGUUCAUAAGGCAUGCGUGUAGGAUGCGUGUAAACCAUGAACGGGGAGCUCCUAGGGAUGUAUACCAACUGUUGAGAAUGAUUGGAUCAGGGGAGUAAAGGGGGAUAGGAAGGAUUGGCAGUGGUGGCACAGGCCUUUAGUGUCAUCACUUGGCAGGCAGAGGCUGAUGGAGUUCUGUGAGUUUGGUUAGAGAGUGGGUCCUAGGACAGCUAAGGCUGCAACAGAGAAGCUUUGUCUCAAAAAAAAAAAAAAAAACGGGAAGUGGGGUGGGGUAGGAUGGCGACGCCUGUCACUUUCACUCAUGUUUGAGUUUGUAACAAAGCAAGGGAAGAAAGCAUCGGGAAUGAACAGGGAAUGAGCAGCUGUAUAACAGGCUUGGUUUGGAAGGAAGACAGCAGGUGAAAGAGAGGUGAACUGGGCAGGACAGCAUAGGCCUGCAGUCCCAGCCCAUGAAAGUAAAGGCAAAGCACUAGCAAUUCAGUCUCCUUCAACCACCUAUUGAAUCAAAGGCCAGCCCAGGCUACAUGAGACGCCGGGAGAAGAGGUGGGAAAGGGAAAGAGAUGAAAUAGUAUAUGCAGGGUUGUGGGAUAGACUUCCCCUUGGAGCAGCAAACACAAGAUCCCCAAGUCUGUUGUUGCCAGCACUUCGAGAGGAGGAGCAUUUGUGGUGUUGACCCCUACUUGAGCAGGACUGUGAUCCCACAGGAGUCAGUGACAUUCAAAGAUGUGGCUGUGAACUUCACCCAGGAAGAAUGGCGCCAUGUGGGCCCCGCCCAGAGGAGCUUAUAUAGGGACGUCAUGCUGGAGAACUAUAGCCACCUGGUUUCGCUCGGGUAUCAAGUCUCCAAGCCAGAGGUGAUCUUCAAACUGGAGCAAGGAGAAGAGCCAUGGAUAUCAGAGAGAGAACUCCAAAGGCCUUUCUGUCCAGUCAGGUGUUCCUGCUGUAGCUGAGUCUUAGGGGGAAACGUAGCCGAGUGCCGAAGUUACAGACAUGUACUGCCGCACCCAGCUUCAUACUGUCGUCAGAGAGAAGUUGACCCCACCAUAUCCCUUAAUGCCAGUACCCAGAAGGCAGAGGCAGAUGGCUCUCUGUGGGUUCUAGGCCAACCACGGCUACACAGUGAGACCUGGUUCAAAAGAAAGUAAAGACAGAACACAGAGAGUGGCUGGUACAAGGCAAACCUUGGUCUAAGCCUCAGGACACUGUUCCAAGCACACAGUCCCAAGGACUCAACACUGAUGUCACUAUUUAAAAAGAAGCAUGUCAGAAUUCUGAAAAAGCAAGGCCUUCAGAGAUUAUGUUUUCAUUUCAACUCACAGAGAGAGCUCAGUUUGUGAUGAGGCUUCUGACUAAGCUAGUACAUUGUAUUUGGUAAACAUACACUCCCCAGUAAAUCUGUACAGUACACACUGUUUGACAAGAGGUCUGUUUUAGGCCUUUGCUAAUGGAAAAAGAGACAAAACUAACCCUUUAUUAAAGUCCCACUGAGAAGAAGUCGAAAAAGAAAAUGUAGCAUUCUCUGCCCUUGGGAGUUUUACUUCCCCCACCCCACCCCCAUCUCUCUCUCUCUCUAUCUCUAUCUCUCUCUCUCUCUCUCUCUCUCUCUCUCUCUCUCUCUCUCUCUCUCUCUCUCUCUUUCUCUCUCAAGUGUCCUGCUGUAUGGCCCAGACUAUAUUACCAUUCCCAUCCCCAGAAGCCCCAGAGUCCCAGCUCUCAAGUGCUGAGAUUCCAAGUGAGUGCUACUGUGUAUGACUCACAUUAUGAGUUUAGGAUUGAUUCUUGUCACAAACUUAGGAGUUUGAGUAUUGGACUUCUUUAAAUGUUGCUUCCUCUCCCAACAUUUGAUUAUAAGGAUGUCAAACAUAUGGAAAACCUGGGGAAAUUGUACAGUAAUUGUCAUAAAGCUGCCACGUAGAUGAUCACAGAUUUUGAGUGUGAUACUUGCUUAGCUGCUUACCUCUGCAUCUGUCCACGUCAGAACCACCUUUUUAGUGCAUUCUCAAGGAAGUUGAAAACAUAGGCACGAAUAUCAUGAAUUAGACCUCCGUGUUUUGGUGUGGUUUGUUUUCCUUAAAUUCUGAAAAUAAAAUCUAGGGCUUUUCCCAUUUUAUUUAUUUUUUUUUAAAUGCUGUAUCAACAAACUAUAUCCUGAGUCCAGGGUUCAACUUUUUUUUUUUUUUUUUUUGGUUCUUUUUUUCGGAGCUGGGGACCGAACCCAGGGCCUUGCGCUUCCUAGGUAAGCACUCUACCACUGAGCUAAAUCCCCAGCCCCCAGGGUUCAACUUUUUAAUUAAUUAACCUAUUAAUUAUUCCUUAAAUCUCAGGGCAUGUUUAUUCUGGGUCUUUUAAGAGAUUUUUAAUUAUACAUAGGCAAGGUAUAUGUUCGUGUAUGCCAGAGCCGACGAAGCCAGAAGAGGGCAUUAGGUCCUCUGGAGUUAGUGUUAACAGCUUGUUAGCUACCCAGUGUGGGUGCUGGGGACUGAGCUUGGGUCCUCUGCAAGAGCAGUGCAUGAUCUUAACCACUGAGCCACCUCUCCAGCCCCGCUCACUUGCUCUCAUGGACAUGGGUGUUUUGUUUGCAUGUGCGUGUGUGCAGUUCGCAGAGACCAGAAGAAGGCUCCGGAUCCCCUGGGACUGGAAUUAACAGUUGGGAGCCUCCAAGUUGGUGCCGAGAACCAAACCUAGGUCCUGAAGCACAGCCAGCGUUCUUAACUGCUAAACCACCUCUCUAGUACCUCAGUUUAUCUUUUUUUUUUUUAAACUUUGAAGAUCUUUUUUUUUUUUAAAGAUUUAUUUAUUUAUUAUAUAUAAGUACACACUGUAGCUGUCUUCAGAUACACCAGAAGAGGGCAUCGGAUCUCUUUACAGAUGGUUGUGAGCCACCAUGUGGUUGCUGGGAAUUGAACUCAUAACCUCUGGAAGAGCAGUCGGGUGCUCUUAACCGCUGAGCCAUCUCUCCAGCCCUCAGUUUAUCUUUUUAGUUUUGCCGUUUGUGCCCUUGUUGUUUGUUUUGGGUUUUGGGGGAACAUGUUUGAUUUUUGUUGUUGUUUGAGUUUAUAAGAUCUAUUUUAUUUGUGUGUGUGUGUGUGUGUGUGUGUGUGUGUGUGUGUGUGUGUGUGUGUGUGUGGUAGAAGAAGACGGCAUUGCAUCCCUUGGAGCUCAAAUUACAGAUAUUGUGUGGGGCUCCCCCUGCUUAUUGUGUGAGUGAGUGACGGGAUCCAUCUCUUGUACUCUCUCUUCAAUAAUGAGUGAUCUUAACCCCUGGACCACCUUUCCAGCUGCACUUGUUUCUUCCGUGAUUUGAACUUCUGAACCUUCUGCCUCUACCACCUGAGUUUUAGGAAUGCAGGAUGCACCAUCACACUCAAUUUGGUAGCAGGGAUCAAAGUCAGGACCUUGGGAUGCUAAACAAGCCUUCUACUAACUUGUUCUAUUACCUGCCCUAUAAUAUUUCUUUUUUUAGUGUAAAUGUUGUAUACACUAAAAUGUACACUUACAUGUUUAAUACUGUGGUCUGACAAAUGCAUUCACCCUUCCCACCCAUACUCCUCAGUAUUUUUAUUUUGUUUUUGUUUUUUUAGAGAGCAUCUCCCUACAUGUAUCCAGAUUGGCCUCAAACUCAUGAUCUAUUCUCAGUUUCCCGGGUACUGGGGUUAUAGGCAUAACCAAGCAUGCCUGGUGUCUCCCUUGCGUGUUUUUGUUUUUGGUUUUUUUUUUUUUAAGGUAACCAUUUUUUUUUUUAGAUCUAUUUAUUUUACACACACACACACACGCAAAUGUCUUGCCUGUACCAUAUGCAAUGCCUAUGCCCACAGAGCUCAGAAGAGGGCAUUGGAUUCUCUUGAGACUGAAGUUACAGAUGGUUAUGAGUUUCCAUGUGGGUGCUGGGAAUCAAAUCUGGUCUUCUACAAAAGAAACACAUGGGGUUGGGGAUUUAGCUCAGUGGUUGAGCGCUUGCCCAGGAAGCGCAAGGCCCUGGGUUCGGUCCCCAGCUCCGGAAAAAAGAAAAAAAAAAAAAAAGAAUAAUUUCCAAGAAACACACGCUUUUUUUUUUUUUAAGACUUAUUUAUUUUAUGUAUGAAUACACUGUCGCUGUCUUCAGACACAUCAGAAGAGGGCACCGGAUCCCACUACAGAUGGUUGUGAGCCACCAUGUGGUUGCUGGGAUUUGAACUCAGGACCUCGGGAAGAGCAGUCAGUGCUCUUAACCACUGAGCCAUCUCUCCAGCCCGAAACACACGCUUUUAAAACAGAGUCUACUCUUCAGUCCUAAAGAUUACUAGUCUUGGAACCUAAAAAUUAAUGUUAUCUAAUAUUAAUAUUCUAUGGUAUAAAACAGACCUAGGGAUACAUAUAUUGACUGAAAUAAAUCCUUGAUCAAGAGAGGUAAUGGGGGUGCAGGGAGAAGGGGCUCGCAGUUAGAGAUUUGCUCUUGCAGAGGACCCAGGUUCAGUUCCCAGCACACACAUGGUGGCUCACCACUCUAAUUCCAGCUAUAGAGUAUCUGAUGUCCUCUUGUGACCUCACUGGGCACCAGACACACAUGGUGCACAUACAUGCCUGCAGGCAAACACUCAUAAAAUAGAACACAUAAAAUAAAAUGAAACUUUAAAAAGGUAUUUUAGUAAAGUGCCUGCUUUCAAACAUGAGACUCUGGGUCUAGAUCCCCAACACCCAUGAAACACCAGAGAUCUGUAACCCCAGCACUGGUAGGAGGUGGGAAGGAACAAGCAGAUGGAUUCCUGGAACUCCUUGGCUGGCUGGUGUGGCUGAAUCAGUGAGCGCCCAGGUUCAGCGAGGGCCCUGUUUCAAAUACUAGGCCAGCGAGAUGGUUCAGUGGGUAAGACACUUGUUGCCAAAUCAGAUGGCCACAUGGUAGGAGAGAAUUUACUCCUUCAACUUCUUGUCUGACUUCUACACACAUGCCCUGAUGCUUGGAUGUACACGUGCAUGCACAUGCACACACACACACACACACAGAGAGAGAGAGAGAGAGAGAGAGAGAGAGAGAGAGAGAGAGAGAGAGAGAGGAGAGAGAGAGAGAGAGAGAGAGAGAGAGAGAGAGAGAGGAGAGAGAGAGAGAAAGAGAGAAUAUAAAUACAGUUUUAUUGGAACUUCUGUGUGGACCAGGCUGACCUCAAACUCUGCUCCCAGGUAUUGGGAUUAAAGGCUUAUUUGGCAAUAAAUGUUAUUUUAAAAUUACAAACGUAUAUCACACACAUUUAAAAAACACAUACAUAGAAGAAAGAAGGUGGCUAUAGAAUCAGAGCUCACACAGACUGAAACACAGACUGAAAAUAACUUGCUUUCUGAAACAUUACUUUUUCUCAGUUUUAGUAGUGUGUGGCCUCCAGACAUGUCAAAGAAUCUUUUCAGAAGACCCUUAGCUGAAGAUUUUCUCUGCAGUAUUUAGAAACCUGCUAUCUAAUAGUAACCAAUUCCUUUUGUAAAGGAAUUACAAAAUCCUUUUUAAAGAAAUGAUAAAAUGGAUGUAUUAGGAAGGCAGAUUUCUGUUAUGUCCCAUAAAAUAGCCAGGACGCAUGGAACCCUGCGAGGUAGAACAUGGUUCUGUUCUGUUCACAUCUGUGCCUUGCACAUUUAGGCUCCUUUGUGCAUUCAUUUCCUAUCAGACUCACCCGCUUACGUGGGCGCUCCUCACUGUCUGACAUGACAGACACUCUGGUGCCUCACUCUUUCUUUCCUGCAAUUUAAGGUAUCUGCACAGACUAAGGAACUGAUUUAAAAAGACAGCCGUGCAUGAUUUAUAUCUCAUUUAUAUCCCCUGCUGUAGCAUGUUGUUUGAACUGCAAGGAUGUGGGAACCUGUGCACUUUA